GGUGAUGCCUCGUUUCCUUACACAUUCUACUUCGUCAUCUGCCCUCUGCACGUUGUCAAGUCUCUGGUACGCCGUAAUCUAUUGCAGCAUCAGUAAAGCCCCAACAAGCCAACACUGGAGUCCAAGAAUUGCCUAAGCUGCGCAAAAUGGACACGACAAAGGUGGACAGGGUGCUGGAAACCCUCGAGGACAUGGAUCGGAAUCACGAAUUCUCUAUCAUCAAACUCAGCGAGCCCAUUUCAAACACGUACAAUCCGGACUCGAGACAGAGAAUAUCAGAUGCCUCGAACGCUUCCAUGGACACUCCUACACCCGCUAGCCUGGACGCAGACCUGCAACAUUACAAAGAACUAUUCUCCAAACUACGAUUCUCCUACGUCGAGCAAGUCACCAAGGAGAAAUUCAUCCGCGCCAUUGUUGGCGAUCCGCCUCUGAUCGUCACGCCGCAGGAAAACCUGGAUCUCGAGAAGAAAAACCAGGCUGCCAAGGCGCAACUGAAGGCUCUCAAGCUCGAGGUGGCCGACAUGGUCGCUGCGCUGGAGAAGGAAGGCCGCGAGCUAAGCCAACGGUAUGAAAAUAUUCAGCUCGAGACAGCCAAGCUGCGAGAGCUACCCACCAAGAUCUCCGAGUUGGAGGAGCGCAUUGCGGAACUGAAGGCUGCGCGGGCGCCCGGCGACGACCCGCGGAUGAACAUGCCGUUGGCGAAAAUGCUAGAGCUGUUGGAUGAGAAGAAGAGGAAGCAGCAAGAGUUGGACCGCGAGUUGGAGCAGCUUCAAGCCAAAGUACCUAGGAAGAUGAAAGAGGCAGAGAGGCUGCGGGCGGAACUCAAGCCCUUGGAGACUAAGAGGCAAAACAGUGCGGCUGCGGCGAAGGAGGCGAAAAGGAGAAAGGAAGCCGCCCCGGAUGGUGUCGAAGAUGACUUGGAGGCGAGAGGCCGCUGGUUACGAGCCAGCGAGGCUACGCUUCGGAGUAUGCUCGAAAUUCAGUAACACAGCACGUGUACAUUUAGCUGAGAUGGGGGUUUGCUGGGACUCCUGGGAGGAAGUUCUGGCGCGCUGGACGCGAAUACUGGGGUAGGCGUAUGGCGCUAUAUUGUGACUUGGGAUCAGGGAACGGACUGGUUGAUUUCGUGUUGGAUGACUAAGAAAUCGGGUUUGGCCGAGGCGGGGUUCGGCAGGCAUAGGCCCUUCACCGAGACCUGUACCAUUUUUAGAGAGUCCACAACCACGUGACUGCAGCCAAAAAUCGCUUUGGUGGGCUCGGUUAGGGCCUGUCGCAGUCGUGGAAUUUUCGAACGUACUUCCCUUUACCGCAUCAACACUAUCGACCAGCACAGAACAACCCUCAUCGUCGACACCGCACAACCGCCA